AAAUCCUCCAGAGUUCUCCAGUCCUACAAUCCUUCAAGUGAUCAGUGAUAAGUGAUCAGCAAGAUGAACAGAAUCCUGUUGUUGAUGGCCUUUUCGGCCGCUCUUGUGGCUGCUGGAAGGAUAACCGUGAAUCCCGAUAGGGUUCAGGGUAUUGAUCGCCUGUCCUUGGAGGAUCUGCAGCGCCAGAAGUUCAUCCUGGACAUCGUUCAGAACAUCCAACAGCCUUUGCAGCAGAGUGAUCUUAUCCAACUGGACCAGGGUCUGAUUGUGGACAGCCAGCGGUAUCGCGGAGGCAUCGAUGUGGUGAUGCAGCGCGUCAUCGAUCUGGAUCGCCAGCGUCGCCUCCUGGACGAGCACCAGGUGUACUCGGUGGGUCGUCUGGAGGAUGUGCAGCAGCUGCGUGGCAUUUACCGCCUGCUGGUUCGCGCCCAGGACUUCGAUACCCUGCGCCGGAAUGUGGUCUACCUGCGCCGGAACAUCAAUCCCGUCCUGCUGGUCAACGCCUUGGCUCUGGCCAUUCGCGAUCGAGAGGACACUCGCAAUCUGAUUGUGCCCGCCGUCCAGGAACUGCUCCCCGAACUCUAUCUGGAUGAGGAGGUGAUUGAGCAGGUUCGUGGAGUCCUUAAGGAGCAAACUCAGCGCCCCACGCUCAUGGACAUUGUGGGUCUGCGCCAGAAUACCAUGAAUCCCAUGAUGAACAUCCUCAUGCCCUGGCGGCAGAUUCACAUGCAGAUGGCUCUUCUGAGGCAGCAGCAGCAGAAUCGCCUGAAUGUGGUGGGCCAGAAGCGAGUGGUGAUCCGUGCCGACAACCAGGAACAGAUCGAAGGCACCUCUCUGCUAACCGACGACAUUGAGUUGAGCAACCUGGUCCAAAAUCUCAUCCAGGAAUUGGCCCUGCUGGAGGAUGACACGCAGGAGGAGCAAAGCCAACGUAUCAGCAAUGUGCAAGGUCGUAACCAAUUGAUCAACAGCCAGCAAGAUGAUGAGGAUCAAUGGAUUGGCCAAUCGCAAUGGAACACCAGGCAGGGGGAGCUGGGUCAGAAUGUGAACACUGGACGUCUGCUCCAUGUGAACCGUCGCCGCCUCCAGGAGCAGCAGAACCAGGAACAGGGUCAGAACAUCUAUGGCAGCCAGAGGCAGCGUUUCCAGCAGCUUCUCCGCCGGGAUGAGGACAACGACAACGAUGAUGAUGACGAUGAUGAUAUCCGCGUGGGUCGUGUCCAACUGCAGCGUGGCAUCAGCCAAGGAGGUCUCGGCAUUGGCGGUACCAAUGACCUGCCCACCGUGAGUGUGAACAGUGACCGUCUGCUCCAUGUGAGCCGCCGCCGUUUGAAUGCCAUCCAACAGGAGCAGCAGCAGGAUCAGCAGCAGUAUCAGCAGACGGGUCGCCAGCGAUUCUUUGGUUUGGGAGGUCGCCUUAGUGAGGGUCGCCGAGUGGGUCAGCUGGAUGAGGUGCGUCAAAUGAACGACUGGCAGAUCAAGCGUCAGCGCCAGAUAUUGGGACUCCAGGAUGACCAGGAGCAGGACCAGGACCAGUACCAGAUCCAGGCCCAGAAGCAAGGUCGUCGCUUGGGCGUCCAACAGCAGGGUCAAAGCUAUGCCGAUCAGUUGGAGAGCGUGGAGCGCGAUGAUGACCGCUUGGUGCACAUCAACAGGCGUCGCCUCAACCAGGACAUCCAGCAGCAGCAGCAGCAGCAGCAGAGGAUUACCCCCCGCAGAAUCGGCUCCAUUGGCGAGGGUCGCCGUGUCAUGGGCGAUCGUCUCAUCCAGGACGAGGACAUUCUGAAGCUCAUCCGUAGCGACAACCGCUUGACCCAGAUGACCGACGAAGAGAUCCUUGAGAUGCUCAAGAGGAACCGUCUGCAGAAACAGCAAAACAACGAUAGCGACAACAAUGACGACGAUGAUGAUGACAACGAUGAUGAUGAUGAGGUUGUGGAGCGCCGCCAGGGACUUCGAAGCCGCCGCAGCCUGACCAAUCUCCGCCAGCAGAACAGCCGUCGUGGCGAGAUCAUCCUGCACAAUCUCCGCCAGCUGGUGGCCCGCCUCAACCAGGAGAGCAUCUCCCAGGGUGAGACGAUCGACCAGACUCAGCAGCAGCAGCAGCAGUUGCUCAACAAUCCCCGCCUGACGCAAACCGAGAGAUACAACCUCCGCCUUAACAAAAUCCGCAUAGAUUCCCAGCGCAACCGUGAGAUCCUCGGACAGAUUGGCCAGAUUGAGCAGCAACUUCAGCAAGUUAUUGCUCAGGUUGUGAACCAGGUUAAUGUCAACUCGCUGCGUGGCCAAGUGGAAGAUCAGCGCCAGGUGGAGUCCCUGAUCGCCGACGUCCUGCUGGGUCGCCUUGGCCAGGUGGGCAUCAUCAACAUCAUUCGUGAGGUGGUCCAGGACAACAAGUACAGUGGCCAGCAGAUCGAUCGUACCGGCCUGGGCAUCCGUCUCAGUGAUCCCGUCGUGCAGCACACUCUCCGCCGGAUUGUGAAGAUUGUGGACCAGCAGCGGGAGCAGAUCCUUGGAGCCUACCGCCAGGAGCAACUGCAGAUGCGUGGUGUUUCCAUCAACGAUGUCCGCGUGGACAAGCUGCGCACUCGCAUCGAGGAGCAGGAUCUGGAUCUUAGCAACUUGGUGGAGCAGCAGCAGCAGCAGAUUCAGGGAGUCCAGCAAGGGAUUUUGGGACGCCAGCAGGUUCAGGGAGUCCAGCAAGAGAUUGUGGGACGCCAGCGACGCCUCAACAACAAGGACUUCACCAUUGACCUGGAGAUUACAUCGGAUGAGGAUCGGGAUGCCAUAGUUCGCGUCUUCCUUGGACCCGGCGAAGAUCAGCAGGGCAGGCAGGGUGUUUCUCUGGAGCAGCGCCGCCGUGACUUUGUCCUCCUGGAUGCCAUCAAUGUGCAGCUGGAGAAUGGACGCAAUCGCGUCCAGCUGAGGUCCAUCGAUAUCCCCUGGACCAAGAACGAUGUGACGCCUGUGGGAGAGAUCUACCGCCAGGUGAUGACGCAGUUGAAGGGUCAACAGCAACAGCUGGUUAUGGGCGGCAACCAAGAGUUGGUUGGCGAGAACGGACGCUUCCCCCAGCACUUGCUGCUGCCCCGUGGAAGGCCCCAGGGUCUGCCCAUGCAACUCCUGGUGGUCGUCUCUCCUCUGGUGGAACAGGAGGUGCAGGAGAUCGUUCCAGCCAUCAGCAUUGGCAUUGGAUCCGCCUCCCUGCAGGACAUCCGCCCCUUGGGCUUCCCUCUUGACCGCCCCAUCCGCAACGAGCAGGAGCUCCUGCAGCUGCCCAAUGUCCUCCUACAGGAUGUGACCAUCGUCCAGGAGAACUAAUUUCCCAACCAGGAUUUUUCAAACCGAACGUCAGACCAUAUGCUUUGCCAUGGACCCAUCUGGAAAACCCUUAACGAACCCUAGUUUAAGUCUAUCGAACGUAAAGCAAUUUACAAUAGCCAAAUGUUAAAUACUCUUUGUAAUCCAUUUAUCUAUAUUUGUAAUUAAAAUCUUUGCAAGAAAUGCAAACAAGCAUUACA